GGCGGCACCUGAGCCCCCCGGGCGGAGGGCCGGGCCGGGCCGGGCUUCUCCCCCACCCCCCAGCCGCCACCCCUGCAGGAUGAGCCCGCGCUGCCUCCUGCGCUCGCUGCCGCUGCUCAUCCUGGCCGCCUCCUCGGCCAACGCCAGCAACUGGCUGUACCUGGCCAAGCUCUCGUCGGUGGGCAGCAUCUCCGAGGAGGAGACCUGCGAGAAGCUGAAGGGCCUGAUCCAGCGCCAGGUCCAGAUGUGCAAGAGGAACCUGGAGGUCAUGGACGCCGUGCGCCGCGGGGCCCAGCUGGCCAUUGAGGAGUGUCAGUUCCAGUUCCGGAACCGCCGGUGGAACUGCUCCACCUUGGAGAGCCUGCCGGUGUUUGGCAAGGUGGUCACGCAAGGAACGCGAGAAGCGGCCUUCGUUUACGCCAUUUCCUCUGCUGGCGUGGCCUUCGCCGUGACCAGGGCGUGCAGCAGCGGAGAGCUGGAGAAGUGUGGCUGCGAUCACACGGUCCAGGGUGUCAGUCCUCAGGGCUUCCAGUGGUCUGGCUGCUCCGACAACAUUGCUUACGGGGUCGCCUUCUCCCAAACCUUCGUGGACGUGAGAGAGAGAAGCAAAGGGGCCUCUUCCAACCGAGCCCUCAUGAACCUCCACAACAACGAAGCCGGGCGGAAGGCCAUCCUGAACCACAUGAAGGUGGAAUGCAAGUGCCACGGCGUGUCAGGCUCGUGCGAGGUCAAGACCUGCUGGAAAGCCAUGCCGCCUUUCCGGAAAGUGGGCAACGUGCUGAAGGAGAAGUUCGACGGCGCCACGGAGGUGGAGCAGCGGAGGAUCGGCUCCUCCACCAAGGUGCUAGUCCCCAAGAAUUCCCAGUUCAAGCCCCACACGGACGAGGACCUGGUGUACCUGGAGCCCAGCCCCGAUUUCUGCGACCACGACCUCCGGAACGGCGUGCUGGGUACCCAUGGGAGGGCGUGCAACAAGACCUCCAAGGCCAUCGACGGCUGCGAGCUGAUGUGCUGCGGCCGAGGGUUCCACACGGAGGAAGUCGAGGUGGUGGAGCGGUGCAGCUGCAAAUUCCACUGGUGCUGCUUUGUCAAGUGUAAACAGUGCCACCGGGUGGUGGAAAUGCACACAUGUCGGUGACUUUUG